GGGCAGGAGGGAGCCUCGAUGGCCCAGUCCCCCUUCUUCCUUUGAACAAUAAAACUGAAGACGGGAUCUUGUUCUGGGUGGAAGGGACACUAUGCUCACAGAAUUCCUGUCCCUGCUUUGCCUUGGGCUUUCCCUGGGCUUUGAAGACGAGAAAAAGAAUGAAAUGUUUCCCAAACCCACGCUCAGUGCCUUGCCCAGCAACAUGGUUGAACACAGAGGCAACGUGAGCCUCAGGUGCCAGUCUCACUUCCAGAAUGUGACAUUCAUGCUGGGGAAGCUGCAGGACUCUGGGUACAGGAAGGAGCAGAGAUCCACAGGACAUGAGGCUGAAUUCCUCCUCACUCACCUGGAGCCGAAGGAUGCUGGGAUGUACUUUUGUGCCUACAAGACAAUGGUCUCCCAGGAGUGGUCAGAGGAGAGUGAACACCUGUGGCUGCAGGUCAAAGAUAACAACGAUGGACGUGGAGCUCCUGCAGCAAAAAAAUCCACCAGAUUCAUCUUUGCUGCUACGUUCACCUGCCUUUCCAUUUUGCUCCUCUUCCUCUCCAUCUUCUUCAUCAACAUAUGCACCCAGCAUGGUUCAUCACAUGAAGAAUCCACCAAAAGACUGAAAGACCCCCCAGGGAGUGAGCCAUGCUGAUCUAAACCCCAAGGCACCACCUAAGGCAGCUUCUGUGCCCCACCGAGGAGUCCCCAGGAUCUUGUGAAUGUGCAGUGCGGCAGGUGAAGGAAGAACAGCCAGACCCCUGGAGAAGGAGAACAUGGGUUAACAUGCUGGAGAUGACUGGACACAUGGAAACCAGGUCACUGUGUCCUUAGCUCAUAAUCCAUAGUAAUAAAAUUAAGUUUAUGCAUGAAUCAGGCAUGCCAAGGGGCUGAGGGAAAGGAGAACAACUAUGGGGUUUCUUUUUGGGAUGAUGGAAAUGUGGAAUUAGAAACUGGUGAUGACUUAACUGUGGGAAAUGAAC